AUGGCAUUAAAAAAUACAUGGACUUUGCGACAGCUCUUUCGGUGGCUUAGAAGAGCCACAAUAGUAUGGAUUCUAGAAUGUUCCUGUCGGAAAGAACCUAAAAAUUGGUUUACACCAAUCCCCAGGUUUUCCAACAGUGAAACAGGCCCAGAGGUUAAAUGGGUCAAAAAUCACAUAGCUGUCUGGUGCCAGAGCCAGCCUAGAGUUCCCUGGCCCCAAGGCCAGUGCUCAUUCCACUACCUCUCACACUUCACAACAUUUUCCUCAACACUUGAGGGCCCAGAAAGUCUGAUCUCUCCAGAACAAUGUGCCAUCUGGGCCAGAAAGCAGAACAAGAAGAUUCAGCAGGGGCUUCUGAAUACUUGGAAGACAUAA